AUGUCGCUGGUAUCGGCAUUCAUAUUACGGCUCGGUCAAAUGUUCAGGGACCCUCCUAGGGCCCUUGUGCGAUUGGGUAUCUUCGGCGGCCUUUCCCUUUUACUUAUUCUUAUCACCUGGAAGGGCUCAGCCAGCUUAUCUUACAGCUGGACGCCACCAAUCAGCGAGUCUGAGCUGAAGAACAUCUCACAAAAGGCGAAUGAAAACGCCGAAAGUCACGUUAAGGCCCCCUAUAAAAAUACCUUCUGGGAGGUCGGUCAACGAUCACGAGAGUUGAGUCAAUGGCUGUCAAAGUCUGACAAACUUGACCCGACUUCAAAAGUUGGGCGGCAGCUCCGGGAUAUUACGGAGAUAACAGCCCAACAACUAUUCCCUUUCCUUAAGAGUCCACCACGGAACCCGGGAUCAAAAACGCCACUCUCUGACCUUCGACACUCUUUUGACAGAGGGUCCAGAGGAAUUGUGAUUCCUGUUGGUGGAGGAGAGCAAUCAGUUCGCUUCGCUGGCCAUUUAAUAGUGAGCCUGCGCAAAGUGUUGGGCUGUCGUCUCCCCAUACAGAUUGUGUAUGCUGGAGAAGAUGACUUACCCAAAAAGGAUCGCGACAGAAUCGCAAAACUUGAUGGCGCAUCUGAUGUUGAGUUUCUCGACAUCUUCAAUGUCUUUGAUGAUACUACACUGAGGCUCAAAGACGGAGGAUGGGCCAUCAAGGCUUUUGCUUUGCUUGGGUCGCACUUUGAAGAGGUCAUCCUCCUAGAUGCUGAUGCUGUGUUCAUUCAACAACCGGAAAGACUGUUUGCGCAAAAGGCAUACAUCGAGAAAGGAGCGUUGCUCUUCCACGACAGAUUGCUUUGGCAACAUGCAUUCAAAGAAAGGCAUGAAUGGUGGAAGGACCAGAUCAAGGAGCCAUCAGCAGAGAUGAACAAAUCACUAGUAUGGACAGAAGACUACGCUGAAGAAUGUGAUUCCGGUGUAGUAGUCCUCAACAAGGCGCGAGUAAGUACUCUUGUUGGCCUUCUACAUGUCGCAUGGCAGAAUACAUAUGAAGUUCGAGAGGAAGUCACUUACAGGCAAGGUCACGGGGACAAGGAAUCUUGGUGGCUUGGCCUUGAGCUUGGCGGGUCCAGCUAUGAGUUUGAGUCGCAUUACGGUUCAAUGAUUGGCUGGGGUGAAGGUAGAGGAGCAAAUGUGACAAAGGUUUGUAGCUUUGUCAUUGCUCAUACUGAUGAGAAGGACAAGCUCUUAUGGUACAAUGGAAGCCUGUUGAAGAACAAGCGGGUGGACCCAGAUGGCUACGAAGUCCCAGAGUACUGGAUGAUGGAUGGCAAAUGGCACAAAGGAAGGACAAAGGACGAUAUGAGUUGUAUGACUGAUACGGAAGUACUGGAACUGACCGCGGAGGAGAAGCGUGUAUUGCGGGAGAGCAUUGGGAUUGCUAAGAAGGUAGAUAUUGCCCUCAAAGGCACAGUAUAG